AGAGUUUUAUAACCGAUCGAUACCUUUCGACAUGGUACACGUGCAGCACAUACAUAAUAGAUGUGAAACGUGUCAGCCACUUACGCAAGCGCUCGACAUUGUUAUAAACAACCCGGAUGAUAUAAUGUCAUUACUUGAUCAAGAUUUUGGUAUUCACUAAUUAUUUGGAUGCUAAAUCAACACCUGUUUUGGCUAUUUUCGAUUGAAUUCAGUAAAACAGAAGAUCAAUCGCGUGAAGAUGAAGCCGACAGCUGUAUUCUUUGGACUGAAUAUAGUCGUUAUUUCAGUUGUUGUCACAUCAUGGUAUUGUGUCGUUUACAAAUAUGACCAGAACCCAUCAUUCCGACACGUUGGUUGGCCGAACUUUACCUUACACAAACGAAAAGCAGCUACAUAUACAGAAGUGCUUCGUCAAAACAUUGCCACAACUAUAUUCCAGAACAUUCCUGAGUCGGAUUAUGCUGCAUCCGUAUCAAAAGCGUUUCUAUCAACUUAUAAAUCAUACCUGUCCAUCAAAAGUGUUACGGAUUUAAAGAGAAUUGCAAGUAAUACUUCUUCCACACAAUCUCUAGGUUUAAACAAGUCGGUUUAUUCGCUUGGAGAUGAUAUAAAGGUACAUAUUAUACUGUUUGACGGAUAUGGAAAACGGCUCACACAAGGAGGUGAUAUUCUCCGUAUUUGGUUAACGGGCACAUCACAGAAAACCAGAGUAAAUGGUUACGUCAUCGAUCACGGAAAUGGAUCAUACAUCGGUCACGUGAGGGCUUUAUGGACAGGUAAAUCUGUCAUAAAAACGUCGAUAGCCGCAACUAAAGAGCAAAUUGCAAGUGUUAUAAAAUACAUAGAAAAACAUGGCUUAAUGCAUGAUAUGGUCGGCGGAUUUAAGAACAACAACAUAACAGAACGGACACUGUGCAGUGUGAAACCAAAUGUGUUUGGACUGUCCGACAUGUGUAAUUUUACAGAAGAAAACUAUGGUCUUCACUGGUUUUGCGGAACACCAAGAAAUCCGAAACUGAAAUGCCAGGACUGGAAGUUUACUAAAGGCGCUUAUACCAACCAUUUAAGUGAAACCGAGAGAACUAUUGCGAGGGUCCACAAGCAUAUGCUGUUACAGAAAAGCCCGACAAUAACGAUAACAGGAGGUACAAAUUAUGUUCCCUCUCCCGAUCUACCAUGUUACACGAGACCAAUCAAUGAGACAUGGCACGAGGAAUCUCCAGUUGGAUUUUAUUACAAAGGCAAAUGGCACCAGCGAGGAUGUAAAAACACGUUCAUACCUUCCAAGAUUUCAUAUGAGAACUGCUUACGUAAUCAAUACCUGUUCUUGAUUGGCGAUUCAAACAUCCGCUCAUGGUUUGAUCACAUACAACAAAAGGCUGAUAUGGUGAUACCGGAGAAUGAAAAAGGACAAAAAGGUAGACGCUGGUUCAGUUUGAGGAGAGUUGUACGGGAGGAUUUAAAUUUUACGCUUGUGUGGGCUGUUCACGAGCAGCCUUUUUAUUCAGGAGAGGAUUCUCCAAGGGAAAUGAUCAAGUCUGUAGCAUGGUACAUAGAUCGUAUUCCUAACAUGAAAAAAGUGACAGUUGUUUUACAUAAUAUACUUCAUUUCGCUAGAAUUACACCAUCUGAAUUUCGCGAACAUAUCCGGGACGUCAAAUUUGCGAUUGGUAGACUGUUUAAACGAAUCCCGGGCGCAAGAGUGUUUGUCAAAGGGCCACACUCUGUAACAUAUGUAGGUUUUCUUAUACCGUUGGAUUUUAUUAGAAAAAUCCACGAGCAAUUAUUCUAUGAGGAAUUUAUGGAAUUCCAUAACAAGAUAAUAUAUCUGAACGAAUGGGAUUUGACAACAUGUAUUGAAAAUGUCAACGUCCAUCCCAGUAUUGUAACCGUUGGCGAUAUGGUUGAUAAGUUUAUGUCAUAUUUGUGUGAAGCAUAACACCGUUCAUCGCCUGUCAUUCAAUUUCGCUGCCAGUUCUGAAUAUGUUCCUCGAUUUCUCUUCGGCAAUAAAUUUCUGUUAAUUUUUAUGUUAUUUGCCCAAACAAAGAUAACAUUUAUACUUGGGUAUCCACGCUCACUGGUUGCUCUACGCACCAUACGUUACCUUACAAAGUAUGUCCGCAUUUGAAAUUAAACUGUUUGACAAUGGCAUUUGUAUGUCUGGAUAUUUGGAAAUUUGUCUCUCCCGUACAGGAUCAUUAUUCGUUGCUUGACGUAUUUUUAUUACAGUGGGCUGUGAUAAUGGAAACUGUAAGCACAAUACUGAGAUUAAAUCAAAUUAAUUCGAUAAUGUAAAAUU